AUGUCGAUCGAUAGCCCCAACCAUCAAGCCACGUGGCUGACCGGGAAAUCCGCGUCGUUAGCCGCGGCUGGGGGCGAAAACGUCCCGCCAAUUUGUGGGUGCAUUUAUAAAUGCAUCGCUCAAUUAACCGGCUCCGGGAAGACGUACACGAUGGGCAGCGGCUGGGAGGGCGAGGGGCAGGGCGACGAGGGCCGCCGCGGCAUCAUCCCGCGCGCCAUCCGGGACCUCUUCGCCGGCGCCGAGCAGAGGGCCGAGGACGCGCGCUCCAGGGGCCUGCUGCCGCCGGAGUUCUCCGUCCAGGCCCAGUUCAUCGAGCUCUACAACGAGGAUAUAGUGGACCUUCUCGACCCCGCCAAGGACCCCUUCGCAAAGGGUACGCUGAGGAUAACGGAGGACGGCUGCGGCGGCGUCAGGGUGGUGGGCGCUUCGAUGCGCGCCGUCAGGGGCGUGGUGGACGCGCUGGGGGCGCUCCACGCGGGCGCCCUGGCGAGGACCACGGCCGCCACCAACAUGAACUCCUCCUCGUCCCGGUCGCACGCCGUGUUCACGCUGCUGCUGCGCCAGAGGCGGCUCGCCACGGAGCAGGACGCCGUCGACAGGGACCCCGAGACGGACGCGCCCGAGCAGUACGAAACGCUCACCGCGAAGUUCCACUUCGUGGACCUCGCCGGCUCCGAGCGGCUGAAGCGCACAGGAGCCACGGGCGAGCGGGCUAGAGAGGGCAUAUCGAUCAAUUGCGGGCUCCUGGCCCUGGGCAACGUCAUUUCGGCCCUGGGCGACCGCUCCAGGAAGGUGCUGCACGUUCCGUACAGGGACUCGAAGUUGACGAGGCUGCUGCAAGACUCACUCGGAGGCAACAGCAACACCGUGAUGAUCGCCUGCGUGUCGCCAAGCGACCGCGACUUCAUGGAGACGCUGAACACGCUCAAGUACGCGAACCGGGCGCGCAACAUCAAGAACCGGUGCGUGGUCAACCAGGACCUCACGUCGAGGACCAUCAGCCAGCUGCGCCACGAGGUCGCCAGGCUCCAGCUGGAGUUGGCCGAGUACAAACAGGGCAAGCGCGUGGUGUCUGAGAGCGGCGAGGAGGGCUGGAGCGACGUGGUGCAGGAGAACGCGAUCCUCACGGGCGAGGUGGAGUCGCUGCGGCGGCGAGUGAAGGCGAUGCAGGGCACCAUAGACCAGCUCUCGGCGAGGAACAGCGAGCUGAUGACGGAGAAGGCGCUGGGCACGUGGGCGCCGCGGGACGGCAGCCCCGACCCAACUGACUGCUCGCUCACCACGCUCGUUCAGGGCUACGUGAGCGAGAUAGAGGAUCUGCGCGCGCAGCUGAUGGAGGCGAACGCUCUGUACGAGGCGAGCAGGAAACGGGAGGCGCGCACCCGCCACGACUCCAUGCACGCCGAUCCCAACGCCAUACUCGACGACGCCAAGCGGGAACUAUACAAGGAGAAGGAGCUGCUCGCACGCAGCAUGGGCGAGCUGGAGUUCCAGCGGAAGCUCGCCACCCAGACGAGCGUGGGCGGGGAGGGCACAGGCGAGGCGGAAGGGGGCGUCGAGGGCGAGGACGGGGGGCGUCCCAUCGGGGAGCGGGAGAGGGCGGAGGGCGAGAGCGCCGGCGACUCGGAGCCCUCGGACCACGACGAGGACGACGAGCGCAGCGACGACGAGAGGGACGACGAGAUCGAAGCGGAGACCGCCGGGCAGCGCAUGCUGACCGCCCAGCUGGCCGCCCUGAGCGAGGACAUCGACACGAAGGCGCGCCUCAUCGAGCAGCUGGAGGCGUCGCAGCGCCGCCUGGCGGCCUUAAGGGCGCACUACGAACAGCGGCUCGACACGCUCCACCACCAGAUCAAGGCCACCGGCGAGGAGCGCGACAAGGUGCUCGCCACUCUAGCGGCGCAGGCGUCGCCGCCGGGCGAGAAGCUGAAGCGGGUGCGGGAGGAGUACGAGCGGCGGGUGGCGGGCAUGUCGCGCGAGCUGCGCAGGCUGCAGGCGGCGCAGCGGGAGCACGCGCGGCUGCAGCGCGCGCAGGGACACACUGCGCACCAGAUCCACACGCUGCGCGCCGAGCUGCAGAACCUCAAGCGGGACAAGGUGAAAUUGGUGCAACGUAUGCGAACUGAAGCGAAGAGACACGCGCAAGCGGAAGCGGCCAGAGCUAAGGAGGUAGCACAGCUACGAAAGGAAUCUCGUAAGAAUGCGAAUCUGAUUCGUUCUUUGGAAGCGGAAACUAGGCUUAAGGAACAGGUAUUAAAACGUAAGCAGGAAGAGGUCUCACUUCUGAGAAGAGGUCACCGAGACAAGCUAAGCAGCAAAGCGGCGGGUCGACUUCAUGAGGGCGGACGGGGGCGGUCGCGCGUGUCCGCACGCGAGGCGUGGUCCCGCCUCGAGUGCUGGAUGUCGCGCGCGUGCGCCGCGCGCGGCACGCUCGCCGAGCUCGAGGCGACGCUGGAGCGGCAGCUGCGCGAGCGGGACCGCGCCGCCGCGCAGCCCGCGCAGCCCGACGGCGCCGCGCUGCUCGCCUACCUGCGCGAGGCCAUCGCCGACACGCAGCACCAGAUCAUGCAGCUCGAGGAGGAGAACGAGGACAACGAGCUGCCCCGACUGCUGGAGCAGGUGCAGACGGCGGACGCGGGCCGCUACGCGAUCGAAAGGCUGUCGGCCGUCGCGCUGCAGUACGCACAGGACGCCGCGAGGAACCUGCGCAUGCUGAGGGACGCGAGAGCCCAGCUGUCGGAGACGGAGGAGAAGAACGAGCGUCUGUCGCAGGCGCUGUCGGCGGCGGGCGCGGCCGGCGACCAGAACCUCAACCCGUGGGCGGCGCCGGCCGCGCUGGCCGCCCUCCUGGCGCACGUCUCCUCGGGCACCUCCACGCGCUCCGUCUCGCCCUCGGACAGCGCAUUGCUCGAGAGGCCGCCAGUAAAUGGCGCACGGGAGUCGAACACCGCGCCCGCCUCGCCGCCAGAUGACAACAGCAAUUCUCCAUUCCACAGGAACACCGCUCGGCGGGGGUCGGUCCGGCUGCGCGACUUGGGCGUGAUAGGGCGCGACGAGGACCCGAUGUCGCAGUCCAUGGUGGAGCGGACCCCGCCCAGGCCCGCGCCCCUCAGCCGCGUGCCCAGCGCCCCUGGCAGCCUGCGUGGGCUGACUCCCGUGGGGCCGCAGCUGUCCUCGCCGCUGACGGGACGUAGGGCUGCGCCCCCCGAGAGCCCUAGGCCGAUUCGCCGACAGCACUCUCUCGCCAAACCCGCCUCCUUGGAGACUCAGGCGGCGGGGGGAGGGGGCGCGGCGGCGGGGGCCACCCCCCCGGCCUCCCCUGGCGCGGCGAGACGGGCGCGUGACGACGACGUGUUCCUACGGCUAGCCGGCGCCGCCCACGACAACUCGCCCCAAGGGGUGGUCAGGGAGAUGCCUUCGAAGCAACGUGUGGCCGUCGGUGGUGGCGGUGGCGGGGCGUGGCUGCAGUGCACCCACGUGGCGGAGGGUCACGUGGGCGCAGCGCUCUCGCUAGCGGCGACCCCCGGCCUGCUGUACAGCGGUGGCGUCGACCGGAGCGUGCGCGGCUGGGACCUGUGCGCGGGCCGCGAGGCGUGGCGCGGCUGGUGCGGCGGCGCCGUGUGCGCGCUGGCCGCGCCCCCGGGCCUGCUGCUCGCCGCCGCCGGCGCCUCCGUGCGCGCGUUCGAUUCCCGCGCAGGCGCCCCCGUCGCCACCUUGUGGUCUUCGGGCGUGAGUGGUGCAUCAGGAGUGACAAGUUCUUCGCGUGGGGAGACCGCCGUGACCGCUCUGGCAGCGGCCGCCCCUCACAGACUAUACACCGCCGCCGGGGAUCGCCUGCGCCUGUGGGACUUACGCAUGAUGGAGUGCGUGUGCAAGUGGUGGUCUGGGCACGCGGCGGCGGUGGUGUGCGCGGCGGCGGCGCGCCUCGGCCGCGGCGACAGGCUCGCCACCGGCUCCAGGGACCACUGCGUGCGCCUGCUCGACCUCCAGCACACGGACUCGGGUCCGCUGCGCCCCUUAUAUUGGUCCCCGGCUGCUGUCAAUCUUGUCGCGUCGGAGACAGCCCUGAUUGCGUUUGUGCUGCUCGUUAUCGAUUCCCCCAUCUGCCUGCUCGACCUCCAGCACACGGACUCGGGUCCGCUGCGCCCCUUAUAUUGGUCCCCGGCUGCUGUCAAUCUUGUCGCGUCGGAGACAGCCCUGAUUGCGUUUGUGCUGCUCGUUAUCGAUUCCCCCAUCUGCCUGCUCGACCUCCAGCACACGGACUCGGGUCAGCUGCGCCCCUUAUAUUGGUCCCCGGCUGCUGUCAAUAUUGUCACGUCGGAGACAGCCCUGAUUGCGUUUGUGCUGCUCGUUAUCGAUUCCCCCAUCUGCCUGCUCGACCUCCAGCACACGGACUCGGGUCAGCUGCGCCCCUUAUAUUGGUCCCCGGCUGCUGUCAAUAUUGUCACGUCGGAGACAGCCCUGAUUGCGUUUGUGCUGCUCGUUAUCGAUUCCCCCAUCUGCCUGCUCGACCUCCAGCACCCGGACUGGGUUCAGCUGCGCCCCUUCAAUGUUGUCAAGACGGGGACUGCUCUAAUUGCGCUUGCGCUGCUCGAUAUCUAUUUCCCCGAUCAGCCCCCUGGCUCCUGCUCAUGGGAGAUCGGCAAUCGGCGUCUCCUGGAGCCGCCGCACUACGACGGCGUGCAGGCGCUGCUGUUGACCGGCGAGCACCUCUACAGCGCCUCGAGGGACUCCAGCCUCAAGUGCUGGAGCCUGGCUGAUGACAGCCUCACGCACAGCGUGAUGAACGCGCACAAGGGCUGGGUGACGGGGCUGUGCGCGGCGGGCGGCGGCCGGCUGGCGAGCGUGGGCCGCGACCAGGCGCUGCGCCUGUGGAGCGCCGCGCUGCGCCCCGCCGCGCCCCCCGCCCCGCUGCCCGACGCGCCCCACGCCCUCGCCGCGCCCCCCGCGCCCGCCGCCGCCGCGCCCGCCCUCUACACCGCUGGCAGCGGCGGCGAAGUGCGCGCGUGGCGGAUCUACGACGAGCAG